UGUUUUCUUGCCUUCUUUUUCUCUUAUUCUCUACUACAACAUUUUUUUUGUGUGAAAUUUCUCUACAACUAAAUUUCCAUAUAGGCUGCAAGACCCUCAUCAACCUACAAUUAGUUUGUUACAUAUAUAGCUAGGUUGAACAAUAUGGGAAGGUCACCAUGCUGUGAGAAGACAGGGCUAAAGAAAGGGCCAUGGACACCGGAGGAAGACCAAAAGCUCAUUGCUUUCAUCGAAAAGCAUGGCCAUGGAAGCUGGCGUGCAUUGCCUGCAAAAGCUGGGCUUAGAAGAUGUGGAAAGAGUUGCAGACUUAGAUGGUCGAAUUAUCUCCGACCUGAUAUAAAACGAGGGAAGUUCAGCUUGCAGGAAGAGCAAACCAUUAUUCAACUUCAUGCCCUUCUAGGAAACAGGUGGUCAGCCAUAGCAUCUCACUUGCCCAAGAGAACAGACAAUGAGAUCAAGAACUACUGGAACACCCACCUCAAGAAGAGGCUGGACAAAAUGGGCAUAGACCCAACAACCCACAAGCCAAAAAAUGAGUCCCUAGCCUACUCCAAAGACGGCUCGAACCUUGGCCACAUGGCUCAGUGGGAGAGUGCUCGGCUCGAAGCCGAAGCCAGACUCGUAAGAGAAUCCAAACUACAAGAACAACAAAACAACCUCGGACCUAUGUCCUCUCCUUCCUCAACACAAAUUACGAGGCUCGUUCUCAACAAAAUCACACCCCUACAACAAAAACAACACUCACUACCACCGUGCCUCGACGUGCUCAAAGCGUGGCAAAGUUCAUGGUCAAACAACAACAACAACAUUAACAAAUACUCAUCACUAAACGACAAGAAGAAAACCAUGCAUGUGCCUAGCAUGUAUGCCAUGAUGCUUUCAAAUGAUGACCUAGAGUCUCCAACAUCCACUUUGUGCUUCCCCGAGAGCGUGCAAAUGAAUAAUAAUAACAAUAACUCUAACGCUAUGGUCUCAACCAACCACGUUGGGUUAAUCAAUGAGAACUAUUUACUCCCUCCAACCACCCUGGAUGAGUUCAUUAUUACCAAAAGUUUAGGAACAACAAGUAGUGAGGGUGCAAUUGAAACCGUGAAUGGUGGUGGUAGUGACUCGUGGAGGUACUUCACCAAACACAACAAUGAAGAAGAACAAGUUGAAACUGAUGAGAAGACAAUAAUGUACGACACGAUUUCAUGUUUGCAAGACGAUGACGGUGAUAUUAUGGUGGCUGUUGAGGCAUUAAGAGGUGCUGGUUAUUAUGGUGAUGAUAAUAGCAACAAUAAUAAUGUCACAUUUACGCAUCUCUCUAGCAAUGUCAAUAAUAUGGUGGGUUUCGAAAACGAUUUUGAUUCCAAUGAAGAUUUAGCGGCGGUGAACUUGCAUGUGAAAUUCGAGGAGAAUAAGGAUUAUUGGAAUGGCAUGCUUAAUUAGUUAGUUAUAAGUGAACAAUUUUCCUAGCUAGCUACCAUGUUAUCAUAUGUAGUACGUUUGUUUGUUUCAGAGAAAUAAUACAUUCCUUUUGUCAUUC